CAAACAACGUGGAUCCACGUUAAUAUUAAAUGUUGACUAAAUUUUAAAAAUUUAAUCAUGAUAUGGAUAAUAUUUAUUUUAAUAACUUGUGUAAAAUUUUUGUUUAUACCUGCAUAUCGUUCGACAGAUUUUGAAGUCCAUAGGAAUUGGUUAGCAAUAACACAUAGUAAACCAAUUUAUUUAUGGUACUUCGAGAACACCUCAGAAUGGACAUUAGAUUACCCUCCAUUUUUUGCAUGGUUCGAGUUUAUGUUAUCGCAUAUAGCAAAAUAUUUUGACCCAAACAUGCUAAACGUGAAAAAUUUAAAUUAUGCAUCUGAUAUGACCGUGCUUUUCCAAAGAUUAUCAGUAAUGGUAACAGAUCUUUUGCUGCUAUUUGGAACUCGAGAGUGUAGUAAUUCAUUAGGUAAAAGUAACUCACAGCCUAAAACUUUUCUGGCAGUUUUAAUAUUGUGCAAUGCAGGUUUAUUUAUGGUUGAUCACAUACAUUUUCAAUAUAAUGGAAUGCUAUAUGGGAUACUGCUAUUAUCAAUUUCUUGCAUAAUGAAGGAACAAUAUUUGAUGUCCGCUUUAUGGUUCAGUAUUUUAUUGAAUUUGAAGCACAUUUUUGCAUAUGUGGCUCCAGCUUAUGUGGUUUAUUUAUUAGGCAGUUAUUGUCUGCAAGGAAAUUUUGAUUUGUCUAAAACUGCAAAACGAAUAUCAAAAUUAGUAUUGAUAGGAUUCAUUACUUGCACAGUAUCUUUUGGUCCGUUCAUUAGACAAAUUUCUCAAGUUAUGGCGAGACUAUUUCCAUUUAAACGUGGAUUAUGCCAUGCAUAUUGGGCCCCAAAUUUUUGGGCAAUUUAUAAUGUAGCUGAUAAGGCUUCCACUAUUACUGCAAAAAAACUUGGAUAUUCUGUUUCUAAUAGUACUGCGACAAUGACUGGAGGUUUAGUAGAGGAUGUUGUUCACACAACAUUGCCAACAAUAACACCUUCAAUUACAUUCUAUUUAACAUUUAUAACUAUCGUGCCAGCUUUAAUUAAAUUAUGGAGAAUUAUCAGAUUCAACAAAACCCCGAUUGUGAUAUCGCCUCUGCAAUUUAUUCGAUGCUUAGUGAUUUGCGGUGCUUGUUCUUUCUUAUUCGGAUGGCAUGUUCAUGAAAAAGCUAUUUUGAUGUUAAUUAUUCCUAUGAGUAUAUCAGCGGUGUUGGAAAAGAAGACGCCAAAAUAUUUUUAA